AUGACUACCCAUAGAACAGAUUUCCCCGCAAUCCGUGCUUGCAUUUUCGACAUGGACGGGCUUCUUAUCAAUAGCGAAGACAUAAUCACUGUGUCCACAAACGAACUUUUCAAAAAGUACGGAAGGCCUGUAUUUGAUUCGUCGAUUAGAUCUCAGCUCAUGGGCGUCCCAGAUUCAACGAACGGCGACGUGUUUCACAACUGGGCCAAAUUGCCAAUCUCCCGCGAGCAAUUCGCCCGUGAAUCGACUGAAAACAUGCGCCGGCAUUUUCCGAGUUGCAAGCCAUUGCCUGGUGCACAAGAACUUCUGUCAAACCUCAGCCGGGCACAUAAUGCUUGUUCUGGAGACAGAAUUGAGCUAGCACUGGCGUCCAGCACCAAGACCCGUAGCUACAAAUUAAAAACCUCGAAUCCGGAAACAAAAGGGCUGAUUAGCUUUUUCCAAGCUGACAGGCAGGUCCUGGGAGAUGACCCACGGGUACGACAGGGUCGAGGAAAACCGGCGCCUGACAUAUAUUUAGUCGCUUUGCAGUGUUUAAACUCGACGGUAAGUUCUGGAAACCCCCCCAUCAUGCCCAACGAAUGUUUGGUCUUUGAAGAUAGCGUGGCUGGGGUUGAAGCUGGAAGACGGGCUGGGAUGAGGGUUAUUUGGGUGCCGCAUCCAGAUGUGGCGAUAGAGCAUCAAGCGAGGCAGAAAGAUGUGCUGGCUGGGAGGACGGGAAUAUUCAACGUCGGAGACGGCUGGCAACCAGGAGACAUUGAUGAUGGCUGGGCUGAAAGCAUAUCCAGUCUGGAACAAUUCGAUUACGAAAAGUACGGCAUUAAACGCGGCCCUUGAUUUCUUCGUCAGACCGUUUCGCACGGCAACUUUCUCAAAGACGAUAGGAAUUUGCCUUCUAGCAAGGACACGGUAGGGAAUCUCUGCCGAUUUGAUGCAUACUGAACAUAGAUAAAUGUAGACUUCAUAUAGUUAUAAUUAACUAGAGGUUAUAUAUAUUGGCUGACUAAGUCUGAGCGCUAAACCCAAUUAGGAAGGAUGUCCCAACAGAAAUGCCUAUUGGAACUUGCUAUGCACUAGCACAAACUCAGUGCUCAAUACUCAAAGAUGUCUUUAUAGUGGGAAAUAUUGAUAUUGACCUAAUUCUGCGC